AUGUCAACUGCAACACGAGUCAAGGAGACAGCGCAGCAUGAGGUCGAGCGCGUGGCGAAGAUCGCCGAGGAAGGAGCCAAGUCUGGCGCAUACGUCUACCCAUUGAGAGGCAUCCUGUUCCUUGCCACCCACAAGGAUCUCUACAAGCCUCUGUUUGCCCGCUUGGCGCCGACCCUGACACUUGGUGUGGGCAUCACGACCAUCAUGUUCCUCUUCACCUAUCUCCCUCAAGUCGCAGUCUUGGUCUUCACUUCCGGCCCACUGGCAGCAUUGACAACCGUACUCCUUGUCCUGAGCGAAAGCAGCACCCUGACCAUGGUUCUCUCCAAAGCACUCCUUAUCGAGGAUGGCUUGAUCGACACUUUUGACGGGACUUUGCUCUCGAAAGGCCACGCGGAUCUCGUCGCCAAAGACCGUCAAGUCAAGUCCGGUGGCGCUGGUGAUGCUAUUGCCAGACUGGGAAAACUGGUCAGCAAACCUUUCCAGAAGUUCACACCAAGUGCAAUUGUGAAGUACUUUAUGUACUUGCCUCUCAACUUCAUCCCAGUCGUCGGCACGGUUGCGUUCGUUGUGCUACAGGGCCGUCGUUCUGGUCCUUCAGCGCAUGCUCGCUAUUUCCAGCUAAAAGGCAUGAAUGCUGCACAGAAGGAGAAGUUUAUUGAGGAUCACCAGGGUGGCUAUACCAGCUUCGGCGUGGUGGCGACACUUCUCGAGAUGAUCCCGGUCCUUGGCAUUUUCAUGGCCUUCACAAACACAUGUGGCGCCGCACUCUGGGCAGCCGAGCUUGAACAGAAGGCCGGUACUGCACCGCAGCUCCAGGAGCAAGCAAAGAAGGCAGCAUAG